UUAAAAAUUAUUUUUGUUUAUUUAUUGAAAAGUGUUACAUAUGAAUGUAAUGUCAACAAAAAAAAUACAUAAAAAACAUAAACAAUAAUAUUUUGAAUAAUGGGAGAUCACAAAAGCUUAACGGAAAAUAUAGACAUUAUUCCAAUUUAUAAAUCCUGGGAACUAUGUGAUGAAACGUGUGACAUUCUUUUAAAUUUUGGAAUUACAUCAACAACCAUAUUAAAAAAAAUGGAAAUUGAAGACGUUGAAAAUUUAUUCAAGAAACUGGAUAAACAAUAUACUGGAGAGUUGAUUAUAUUUAAAGCAGGCCUAAGGGAAUGGAGAAGAAAUAUUAACCUACCGUUCAUAUGUGAAAAAGAAACUUUAUCGGCAAAUAGUCAGAUAUUGGAUUGGUUGGAAAAAAUUUCAGAGAAACUUAGUAACUCAGGAUAUUCCGACUGCCCACUCAGUACACAAACGUCAGGAGACAAUUCUAUAUGUGGUACUAGCCUUACAAACCUCCUUAGAAAUACCGUGAAAGGAAAGCUAGUACUAACUUUUAAUGAAAAAAAUAAUUAUCUUGACUCAAAAAAUCAGAAGACUUUAGUGCACUGUAUUAUUGAGAAAUAUAUUGGCACAAGAUCCAAAUUAACAUACGCAGAAAUGCAGCAAUGGUCUUAUGCUAUCUGUGAUGUAUUUCCUUAAGAAAAACCGGUAAGAAAUCUAUAGCAGGCUACAAAUGGGGGGGAGACGUUGCUCUUCCCAUAUGAAUAAAAUAUACAAGAAUUCGUUUAUCUUGGAAACUAACAGAGCUACUUUAAUACAGUGUUUACUUUUACUAAUAUAUUAGUCAGCAUUUGCCGCAAAACAUUGCUACUAAAUAUUGCCGUUCUGUUUUUAUUUUUAACUAGAAAA